AUAGUUCUGCUUCGGAGACCUGUCGGGGACGGCUGAGGGGGCCCAGCUCCCGUGGGCUGGCUGCUGUCCAAAUGCUGGAUGACAGAGCCAGGAUGGAGAACGCCAAGAAGGAAAAGGCGGAGCAGAUCCUGGCAGAGUUCCAGCUGCAGGAGGAGGAUUUGAAGAAGGUGAUGAGGCGGAUGCAGGAGGAGAUGGACCGAGGCCUGAGGCUAGAGACCCACGAGGAAGCCACUGUGAAGAUGCUGCCCACCUACGUGCGCUCCACCCCGGAAGGCUCAGAAGUCGGGGACUUCCUCUCCCUGGACCUGGGCGGCACCAACUUCAGGGUGAUGCUGGUGAAGGUGGGGGAGGGCGAGGCGGGGCAGUGGAGUGUGAAAACUAAGCACCAGAUGUACUCCAUCCCCGAGGACGCCAUGACGGGCACCGCCGAGAUGCUCUUUGACUACAUCUCCGAGUGCAUCUCUGACUUCCUGGACAAGCAUCAGAUGAAGCACAAGAAGCUGCCCUUGGGCUUCACCUUCUCCUUUCCCGUGAGGCAUGAAGACAUAGACAAGGGCAUCCUUCUCAACUGGACCAAGGGCUUCAAGGCCUCUGGAGCAGAAGGGAACAACAUUGUGGGGCUCCUGCGAGACGCCAUCAAACGGAGAGGGGACUUUGAGAUGGACGUGGUGGCGAUGGUGAAUGAUACUGUGGCCACAAUGAUCUCCUGCUACUAUGAAGACCGCCGGUGUGAGGUUGGCAUGAUUGUGGGCACCGGCUGCAACGCCUGCUACAUGGAGGAGAUGCAGAACGUGGAGCUGGUGGAUGGGGACGAGGGCCGCAUGUGCGUCAACACCGAGUGGGGCGCCUUCGGGGACGCGGGCGAGCUGGACGAGUUCCUGCUGGAGUACGACCGCGUGGUGGACGAGAACUCCCUGAACCCUGGCCAGCAGCUAUAUGAGAAGCUCAUCGGCGGCAAGUACAUGGGGGAGCUGGUGCGGCUCGUGCUGCUCAAGCUUGUGGACGAGAACCUGCUCUUCCACGGGGAGGCCUCCGAGCAGCUGCGCACGCGCGGCGCCUUCGAGACGCGCUUGGUGUCGCAAGUCGAGAGCGACUCGGGCGACCGCAAGCAGAUCUACAACAUCCUGAGCACGCUGGGGCUGAGGCCCUCGGGCACGGACUGCGACAUCGUGCGCCGCGCCUGCGAGAGCGUGUCCACGCGCGCCGCGCACAUGUGCUCCGCGGGGCUGGCGGCCGUCAUCAACCGCAUGCGCGAGAGCCGCAGGGAGGACGUGAUGCGCAUCACCGUGGGUGUAGACGGCUCGGUGUACAAGCUGCACCCAAGCUUCAAGCAGCGGUUCCACGCCAGCGUGCGCAGGCUGACGCCCAACUGCGAGAUCACCUUCAUCGAGUCGGAGGAGGGCAGCGGCCGGGGCGCGGCCCUGAUCUCCGCGGUGGCCUGUAAGAAGGCCUGCAUGCUGGGCCAGUGAGAACCGAGGCGGCGUGGCAAGGAGGAGGCUGGUGCCGGCGCUGGACCUGAGCUCCAGGGAACGUGGUCCCCACAGAUGCUCCCGGCCUGGGGGGUCAAGAGGCCUCUCCUUGUAAGGACCAUGGAUGCCUCCUAUCCCCCCUGCCACCCCAGAAGAUGGGGAAAGGUCCGCAGGGGGAAUGUGGGACCCGGGCAGCCCUCUUCUCUCAGAGUCAGUUGGUGGGACAGCCCUGUUGCCCUGACUGGGUUGGGGGCUGGAUGAGCACGAAUGGAGACCCCCAAUGUCCCUUGCCUUUCUUUCUGUAAUGGAGGACCCAGAAAGGAGUCACUCACUCAGGACUUUGUUGCGUUUCUGCACUGCCUGCCUCUCGGAGCUUUCAGCCCAGCUCUGGGAAGCGGGUGCCCUCUGCUGCGGCCUGUCUUCCCUGGGAACUCAGCCUAAUUGGGGAGGCAGCCCCCCCCACCCCACCCCCAGUCCCCCUGGGGCCAGCCAGACCUAGACGUAGGCCUGGGCUACCAGCGGGUAGGGUGGGAGGGGAGGCUGCAGGUACACUCAAAGCCUGGAGAUGGCAGCCUUUUCCCUCCCAUAGUGCCAUCCCUGAGUGAUUUGGGGUUCUGGGAUGGACCCUCACAGGAGAUGCAAAGCCCCUACCCAGGGGCCCUGGAAGAGGUGGAGCCCAGGCCCCAGCACAGGCAGGCCUGGGGGCACCUGGGAGGGCCCAGACAGGCUUCUCGUCUCACCAGACCUCCAUGUGCCGCACCAACCUCUCCAUGCCCAACCUGGGACAGUGUGGG